UAAUUUCUUAACUCUAUGCAAGGGCUAAUCGAAAUCGAACCUAAACAAUUUUUAGAAUUUGAGGCUGAAGAAAACAAAUUAGCACACGCUCAAUUAUCCCUUAAAAAUUUGACAUAACAAGAUGUCGCAUUCAAAGUAUCAUUAAUUUCAAAUAAAAUAGAUAAAAACAACAACGCCUACCUUGUUUCAAGUAAAACCAAGCGUUGGUGUUAUCAAUAUCAAUUAGUCCCAAGUUAUUGAGAUAUCUACAAGUCAACCCAUAAAGACUGACGCAAAAUUUGAUCCAAAAUUUUAAGUUAAUGCUUGCUUUAUUGACUUUCCUGAUCAAGGUACUUGAUAUAAUGUCUAAUAUUGCUUAGAUCUGACUUAAUUUUGGAAAAACAGAGAUCAAUCAACUAUUUAAUCCUAAUAAAUUAAAAGCAGAAUAAAAUAAUAGAAUGCUCAACAAGAUGCUUAUUCAUUUCAGUCAGCUCCUGAUUCCAAAAUACUUGAUUCCAAUGCUAGCAAUUCGCAAUAAUAAGAAUCCAAAAUGUUCAAGUCUGUUAUCGAACCAAAAUCAGAAAAGGAUGAGCAAAUUAAACAAUAUUAAGACCAAUUUGAAAAGCUUGUAAAUAUAUAUACAAUCUAAUAAUAUAGUAACAAGAAUAUCUUGAAUUCAGAAAGAAAAUUGAAGCUGAAACCUAAUAAGCAUAAUUAAGAAAGGGUAAUUCAAAUAUCACUAUUUCUUAGAUAAGAGUAAUCUGACUCUCUCUUAACUAUUUGUGGCUGUUUUAAUUGCCUUAGUCGCAGGUUAUUUUAUAGGAAAUUGAUUUCAUUAUUUACAUCAUCAAUCCAAC